AUGGAACUGGCAAGAGUUCUCGUCAAAACAUUGGAUCUUGGCAAGAUUGUCACAGAGGGGCCAAUUGCUAGCGCACUUUCUGGUAUUGGCAUUAAUGCGGUGGAACAAUUGGAGCUCGCGCGCAAACGAGCUGCUGAAAGAGGAUGGGAUGAACGUAUCCCCCUCCUCACGGACAGUAAUUACGAGCUUCUUGUCAAGAACGAGACCUUUGGCUCUCCCGAAGAGGCAGAGAAACGCACUUGGUUUGUUGUCGUAACGGUUGGCAAACAAGAUACCAUGUCGAAACUUGUAGAUGAGGCGUUUGAUAAAGCAUAUCAACUUGCACUCGACGCUGGGGAUGCGGAACAUGUCAAAUGGGCCCGGGUCGAUUAUCUUGCCGAGACAGAAAUCACAACCGAAUGGAUGCUUUGGAAGCCCCCGACAUUGAUUGUCAUCAAGGAUAACGGCAACACACUCCGCUUUUACCAGCCAGGUCAGAUUGUUUUGGACCCCGCGAUGCUCCACAAAUUCGUGGUCAUCGACGGAUGGAAAGAAACCGAGCCCUGGUCCGGUCCAUGGGCUCCUGGUGGUAGUCGCCAACCAUACCUUCACACAUAUGCAGUCUUGUCUCGACGUGUAUACAACGUAAUCAGCGCUCUUCCUCGAUGGGCUAUCCUUCUUAUAACCGGUGCAAUUGGAUCAUUUAUCAUCAACUUUUUCCACAAGGAUGACGGGAAGAAAAAGCCUAGUACCUGGGAACACAGCAGCAACCUCCCGCCCAGCGAGCUGAACAGACUGCCACUGAAAAAACGACAGCAAACAGUACCCAAACAAAGACUACUGCCACUGCUCCCAGCCCUUCAUCGACAACCAAGCGACAGGCGAAGAAAAAGACAUAAGGAAGGAUUUACCGAUGAAUAA